AGUUAGUAAACCAGCAAAUACAGACACUCUACCCCGUUCUUUCUGCUUCCCUUCUAUUUCCGAAACUUAUCUCUCUCAUUUCUAGAUUAGGUGAAGUUCAUACAUCCCUGUUUGUUCUAAAGUAGCUUUCUCCUUCUUUGCUUCCUUACUUCCCAUCUCUUCUUCUUUUUCAACCCCUCUCUUCCCAUUCCCUUCAUCUCCAUCUCAUCCCUACAUCUCUGAAAUCCCCAAACUACCUCAAAAUGACUGAUAGAGUCUACCCUUCUUCCAAGCCCUCCGUCAAUCCCAACCCUUCCAACCCCACCCCAAAACCCAAUCUUUACCGUCCGCCUGUCUACCGCCCCACCCCACCCAAACGCCGCCGCGGCAAUCGCUGCUGUAUUUGCUGCAUCUGGUUCAUCAUCGUACUCCUUUCCCUCAUCCUCCUCGCCGCCAUCGCUGCCUGUAUCAUGUACGUUCUCUACCGGCCCCACCCUCCUUCCUUCUCCGUCUCCUCCGCCCGUUUCUCCUCCUUCAAUCUCACCUCCACCCACCUCAACCUCUCCAUCUCCGCCCGUAACCCUAACAAGAACCUCGUCUUCUUCUACGAACCCUUCUCCGUCGCCGUCUCCUCCGACGGCGCCCACCUCGGCGAUGGAUCCUUCACCGGAUUCGUCCACGAGACCAAGAACACGACGCUGAUGAGGGCGUCGGUAUCGACGGGUGGGGCCCAAGAUCUCGAUUCGGACAGCAUAAAAAAGAUCGAAUCUGGACUGAAGAAGAAGAACGGGCUGCCGUUGGAGAUCCGGCUGCAGACGAAGGUUAGGGUUAAGAUGGGCGGGUGGAAGACGAAGAAGGUCGGUAUUCGGGUCACGUGCGAUGGGAUCAGCGCCUCUGUCUCGAAGAGCAAAUCAACGGCUGCUGCUUCUGCUGAUGGUAAUGCGAAAUGCAAGGUGAAGCUCUGGAUCAAGAUCUGGAAAUGGGAGGUCUGAGUUGGGAUUAUGUUAUUUUUACUAGUUUUAUUUUUUUUUAAUUUUGCUUUUAUAGUAUGUUUGUUUGAUUGUAAAUUGUGACAAGAUGGUUUGUUAUUUUGUUAGUGAGAAAUGCAUCACAUAUAUACUUUUCUAAUUUUUUCAAUUUUUUUUUUAAUGUUUCGGUGAAUCUGAUGUUAUGAUGCAUUUUAUAAUAAGAAAGAGAAAUCGAGAAGUAGUGAUUUCUCUGAUAUCUGUGUA